CGCUCACAUUUUUGUUUAUUUACCACGAUGUGUCAUUGUGACUAACGGAAGGUUACAAUAACGAAAUCUAGCAUGCUAAUGGGCAGUUUGUUACACAUAUAACAUGAAGACCGUCUGUAUGUAGGCGUGCGCUGGCUUCAAUUUAACCUCGGCGUGACAGCCCGGUGAGUGACCGGAGAAUGGACUUCACCGUGUCGGCCUCAAGCGGGACCGCGGAGGCCAUGGAGGGGAUCUGCAUGAUGCCCGAUCUCAGUGCUAUCAAGACCGAGUCAAUGAGCGCGAGCCCCGUUGACACCGGCCCCCAAAAUGUGGCCAUGGGCAUCAAGUUCAUCCUGCCCAACCGCUUCGACAUGAACGUCUGCUCGAGGUUUGUCAAGUCUCUCAACGAGGAGGACAGCAAGAACAUCCAGGACCAGGUCAACUCCGAUCUGGAGGUGGCUUCCGUUUUAUUCAAAGCCGAGUGCAACAUCCAGACGUCGCCUUCCCCGGGCAUACAGGUGCGCCAUGUCUACACGCCGUCCACCACCAAGCACUUCUCCCCCAUCAAACAGUCCACCACCCUCACGAAUAAACACCGGGGCAACGAGGUGUCUUCAACGCCUCUUUUGGUGCAUUCUCUGUCCAUUCAUCAGCUUGCAGCUCAGGGGGAAAUGGUGUUUCUGGCCAGCAGGAUUGAACAAGAGACCGUAAUCAACCACCAAGACGAGGAAGGCUUCACCCCCCUGAUGUGGGCGGCUGCACACGGACAGAUCGCUGUCGUCGAGUUUCUCCUCCAAAAUGGUUCGGACCCCAACCUCCUGGCCAAAGGGAGGGAGAGUGCAUUGUCCUUGGCCUGCAGUAAGGGCUACACCGACAUUGUGAAGAUGCUCAUCGACUGCGGAGUCGACGUCAACGAAUACGACUGGAAUGGAGGAGCCCCUCUGCUGUACGCCGUCCAUGGGAACCACGUGCGCUGUGUCGAGAUCCUGUUGGAGAGCGGCGCUGAUCCCACCAUCGAGUCCGAUUCUGGGUUCAAUGCGAUGGACAUGGCUGUGGCUAUGGGCCACCGGAAUGUUCAACAGGUGAUGGAGGCACACCUGUUAAAGUUGCUGAUGGGCAUCAGAGAAUGAACCAUGGCGGCUCGGGAGAAUCCUGCGGCAGGAAAUGAGGAAUAUUUCAACAGCGUUGCAGCAUAUCAUAUCAUUUUGUUGGCAUGACGCACAUGACAUUUUUUAUUUGAGCCCACUUUCAAACUUUUAUUUACUUUGCUAGUUUCUUCCUCCAACAUUUGAAUGUGGAGUAGCAGCUCUGAUCCAAAUACACCGGAGAGAUUCUCAAAAGGACUAAAUGUCAAGUCGCGUUCUUUGUCACAACCCAGCAUGCACUGCUCUUGGCUGUCGGGCGCUGCUUCACGUGGAGUGCCGUGUAAGAUUGAUUUUGCGUUCACGAAGCAUGGCGGUUUUGUUUUGAGUCUUUUAAUAUUCUGUGUUCCAUCCCUUUUUCUGUCAUCUAAGCAUUUUAAUUUCUUUUAACUAACUUAUUAGCCAUGAAAAGAAUCCAUUUUAAGAGUAAAAUAAUAUCAAUGUAAUAAGUUGAAUGGAGCUCGUUUUGCUCUCAUGAAACAGUGGUCAGAUUGAAAAUAGGUUUUUACAGUUUAUGAUUCUGUAUUGACAUUAUUUAUUUAAAAAAAUAGAGUUGUGUUGUAACGUGACUAAUGUAUAUUGAUGUGAAGUCAGUUAGUUUCCCGUGUAUUGUAAUAAUAAUGUUCGCUGAUGUGUUGUGCAUUCGAGAAAGGACCCGACACCUCAUUAAAGGGUCUCGUGGUGCUGUU